UUUAUUUUCAGAAUACCUUUUGUAGGAAAUGGACGUAUAAACAUUGGUGCAAACUGAGUCAUGUUGAUAAGCAUUUCCUUAAUGAAUCUCUAUUAAUUUAUAACGAAACGUCUUAGUAAUUAGUAGGUAGUGUUUAGUGUGUUCAGUGAAAAUGGCGUUGACCGCCGCCGCCGAAGAUUAUUUCCGUACGAUGAAUCCUUUAGCUUCGAAAAUACACGAAGACAUUGUCGAAGCGAAGAAUUCUUACGAAAAUAUUUGGGAAACGUUAACUGAAAAGGAAAAGGUGGAAAUAAUAAACGAAUCCAUAAUAAAACCGGAGAUAUCACUCAAAUAUGCUCUACUGGACAAUCUAGAGUUUGAUUUGGAUGAUCCUCCAGUGUGCAAGGAUGAUCUCAUGUCCUUCUUUGGGAGAGAACACGGAACCAAGUUGAUACAGGAUGAGAAUGGUUCUUACAGAGAUGAGCAUUCAGCACCAUUUAUCUAUCAAACAAAAAGUCAGCUAAACCUAUGCAUCCUAUCGGAACACAGGACAAAAAAAAAGGAGCCCACAUCACCCGUCCCGGCCAUGACAGAACUAGCGUUGUCUCACUCUAGAGUGGUGUCCGAGCUCAAGAAUGCCCUGAAAUCUCACGAUGUGCUGAAGAGGAAAGAAAAGGAGGAAGCUACUUCGCCAGGUUUUAUUAGCAAGUUGAUGGGGAAUUUUAAGAACAAGGAUGAAGAGCGGGAAUGUCUGGUGCCAUCGACUGCGCCCACGCAGAUAGUGGCGUCAUCUGACAACUACUUCAGAACAAACUUCAAAAGUCCCCCGGCCGACGUCAAAUUUGAUAAAGAAUACCGGAGCAGCGUCGUCAAGUCUAGUAGCGAUAUAUCGGAAGAGAAUCGUGGUCUCCUAUCGUCGAGUCAGGCAUCGUCUGCUGACUUCCAAUCGACUGAAACUUUAACCGACUCCUUGCCAAAAACGGGAUACGACUUUCUGGACAACUGGUAAAAUAUGCAUAAGGCUUCUUCUCUGUUCGUCACACAUUUUGUUGCUUUUCAAACUUUCGACCACAGAAAGUUACCGCGCAAUGGUUCCGCUGAAAAAUUCUAUUCUUAUUAAGCUUAUACAUUUUCACGUUAUGAUUUGGAUGUAAGAAAUUUGUAGGUCUACAGGCUGAAGAUUUUGAUAAAAUUUGGUAUGCGUGUAGUUAAAGACACCCGUUCAAAUAUAGGCUACGUUUUUUUUUUUUCAAAAUUACUUUAAUGUGAGGUGAAAAUUUUGUAUGAAAACCAUGUCGGUUCCGCUGUCGCAGAGAAAUUCACGCGAGUAAAGCCGCGGGCACAAGCUAGUCUACUAUAUAAAGGGUUACUGGUAUCUAACGCAUAACCUUCCAAAGGCGCAUAAGGUACAUAGAGACUAGCAUCUUUUGUUCUACGAGUUUUGUCUAAACGUAAUAAAUACAAAAAUUGUUGUGUUGCUUGGCUAUUACAUACACAUCUUAAUGUGUAGAAUCGCAAAUUAGAUAAAAACUACGAAUCACAUCGUUGAAUAAAAGUUGCUGUAGUUUUUAUGUAGUCUUUAGGAGGUUUUGCGUUACCCUGUAAUAUUUGAACUUAGUAUAAAAUGAGUAUCUUAAUUAUUGAUGUUAAAUGAAUGUGGCACUAAAAGUAACGAGUAUUUUUUUAAUCCUGACACGUGGAAUUAUUUAAAUUUCAAUGAAGUUUUAAAACUAACGCGUGUGAGACGACCUCGGUGGCGCAGUGGUAAAGUGCUUGCCUCUCAACCGAGAGGUCCCGGGUUCGAUCCCCGGUCGGGUCAUGAUGGAAAAUGAUAUUUUUCUAAUUGGCCCAGGUCUUGGAUGUUUAUCUAUAUAUGUAUUUGUUAUAUAUAAAAAACACUUUUUUUAUUUACAUUUAAUUUCUACUAAUAGUAGAAAUUUAAUUUACAUUAAAAAUUUUUUUAUUUAAAUUUUUAUAUAAUUUUUUUAAAAAUAUUUAUGUAAUAGUUUAAAAAAAAAACAAAAAGUAACAUGGCUAUUGUAUUUGAAAUAUGUUCACGUAAUUUUUUAUUGUAAGUAGGUGCGUAAAAAAAGUAAUUUUAGAUUUUUUUUUUAUCUUGCGCUGUGCGAAAUAUUGCAAUAUACGUUAAAAAUAGAUUUUAAUGAGAUAUUACAUUUAAUUAGUAUUAAAUCACGAUUAUAUUAAUUGCCUAUGUAUAUGUAAUUAUAACCACAACGAAUUAUUUGAUCGACCAUGCCGGACUGCUACACUGGAGGUCCCGGGUUCAAUCCCCGGUCAGGGCAACAUGGAAAAUUAUCUUUUUUACGUUGACCUGGGUCUUGGAUUAUGGCGCUAACGUGUGUGAUCUCAUGGUAGUGGUCCCGUGUUCGAAUACCACUUGUAAUUUUUGUAACUUAUAUUUCAGUUCAAUAAAAAUAACUGCUUGUAAAAAUACUAGUAUUAAUAUUUUGCCAAAAAUACUUAACAGUUAUUUUUGUGAUAUACUUAUAAUCUCAUUAUUGUAAGACUGCUUUGUACCACUUUUUAGCUAAGUUUGUUGUACUAAUACUUGCUU